AGGCAGUAUUACUGCGCAAGAGCUAACGGACACCCGUGUGACUGCGGGGCCUAGAUCCGCGGAUUGUACGACAGGAUAACAACAAUGAUUGGCCGAUUAGUCAUCGCAACUUUUUGUUUGCAGACCUUUUAUUUUGGAUGUUUGGAGGCAGCGAAACAGAAUGUGCAGCUAUCGGAUUCUUUUUUACCGGUAGCGAUGCAGGUGAUAGCGCAUCUCACAGACCAGAUGGCGUUUGAAGUCAAAGAUGAGGUGACGACGAAGCCACCCAAGCCCACAAAGAAGCCGACCACGCCUAAACCUUUAGAUGUGACUACACCCUUCCAUCGGCCAGGAUACUACGCUCCCUCGGCCCCACCCAAACCCUCAGAGAGAAUAAAAGCACAAAAACAGCAACAGUAUAACUUCCCUUCGCAAGGUCAACAACAAAACAAUAUUCCGCCUCAGAACCAACAACAGUACAAUAUUCCGCCACAGAACCAACAACAAUACAAUAUUCCGCCACAGAAUCAACAGUACAAUAGUCCGCAACAGAAUCAAGAUCAAUAUAAUAUUCCGUCACAGAACCAACAACAGUACAACAUUCAGGCACAGACCCAACAACAGUACAACAUUCCGCCACAGAAUCAACAAUACAAUAUUCAGCAACAGAAUCAACAAUACAGUAACCAGCGAGUAAGUCAGCAGCAAUAUACAACACCAAUACAAGACCAACAGCAACCUUAUACUCAAUCGCAAUAUCAGCAAUAUAAUAUGCCAUCGCAAAAUCAACAACAAUAUGAAAUCCCGCAACAGAAUCUACAUCAGUAUAAUACUCAAGCACAAAAUCAACAACAAUACAAUUUUCCCCCUCAGAUUCAACAAUACAAUGCUCCGUUCCAAAAUCAACCAUUCAACGUAACACAAAAUCAGCAAACCAACUUCUUUUCGCAGCAAUACAAUCCAUUGGUCCAAAAUCAACAAUAUCCUCAACAAAAUCAACAAUACGGCGUCAUGACUUUCGACUUUCCUCAAUACAAUCCGAUCCAGCCCCAAAACGUAAAAAGUGAAGAACCAUUAUUGUCUGCGCAUCAUGAAGAAGUUAAGCCUUUAUUAGAACCUACACCUGAUGCUCCUCACUUAUUACCUCCUCAUUUUGAAUCCGACUUCGACAAGAUUUCGAGUCGCUCUAAAGGAUUUGACUUGGAUGAAAUAUCGGAAGAAAAUCUACAGUACUUAUCGAAGAAUGUAAGAGAAAUGAUCCGAAUGGCGCACGAUCCACACGAUGAUCGUUUGGUUGAUGUUUGGGAAGACCUAAGGGCGAAUCCGGCGGAACCGAGUCCUAAAGGAAAGCUGUCAUCUUCGAACCUCCGUCUGUUGCUUUUGUACGAUCUUUUGAGCAGAGAAGCAAAGAGACAGAGACUUUCAGACUACAGUGGCUUCUCUCCUGACGUAAUGAAGGCAUUAGUCGAAUCAUCUAGUGGCGGCGCAAGAGAACAGUUGAAGAUGGCUCUAUCUAAUAUGGUCGAUCGCCACGAUUGCGAACAUGAAUACGCAAACAAUCGCGCUAAAGAAAUGGUAGCUGAGCUCGGAAAAGACGAGUCGAAAUUGUCUACAGAGAUUAGAUAUCUGCAACCUUUAGUAUAUAAGUACUAGUGAUUUCCGCAUUUAUAUCGUAUCUGCAUUUAUAAGCUAAGAAUAUAUAAGUUACUAAAUA